AUGGCUCCCCCGACCAACAUCCUAGAUCAUAUCAUUCACCUUAGCCCUCCUGGUAAACUUUCAGAAGCCGUUGCACACUGGGAAAAUCUCGGGUUCCACGUCAUUCCUGGUGGUACACACGCAGACGGCCUAACAUCCAACGCACUCGUUGCUCUUGCGGAUGGCGUAUAUAUCGAACUCAUCGCAUUUGAAAAGCCCCCAAUUGGGCCGCCUGCAUCUGACCACUGGUGGGCGAAGAAACAACCUGGAUGGAUUGACUGGGCAUGUCUAGGUCUUGAGGAUAGUGUUGACCAGACAGUUGCGGGAAGAGAGAAGGGCGUUGAUUCGGGAGUAGAGUAUCAAGAAGGAAAGGAAGGAGGAAGAAAGAGAGCUAGCGAUGGGAAGGAACUCAAGUGGAGGGUCACAUUUCCGCAACUAAAGCAUGGACGAGGAACCAUCCCGUUCUUUUGCCAGGACUUGACUCCCAGGGAGUUAAGAGUUCCUGCCGCGGACCCCGACACCCAUACUAAUAGUGCCCUCGGGAUUGCCUAUCUUCAUCUAACCGUACCUCAAGCCGCAUUCAACCGCAUCAAGGCUCAGUUAUCCGUAGUUCUAGGAACUCAACCUAACGAAUCAGACGAAUGGGAGCUUGCAGUCCCAUAUGGUCAGUUCAAUCCCGCGCCAAAGCUGAAAGUGGUUGGCUCUGUCGAUGUGAAUCCGAAUAUAACGGAAGUUGGGUUUUACGCAAAGAGCUCCAGGGAGGGAGAAACGGCUGAAGGAUUUGGAAGAGUUGCAUUUAUCAAAUUGUAG